AUGUAUAAAGUUGAUAUCUGCAUUAGCUUGUGCUCUUCCUUUGCCAGCCCUCCAGAAGAGCCCACUGUAAAGAUUGAUGAUGGUCGUGCUGAGGAUGAUGAACGGGACAGCUGUUCCAAUACCAUUAGGAGAAAAAUAUCUCCAUUUGUGAUGUCCUUUGGAUUCAGAGUUUUUGGAGUUGUGCUGAUCAUUGUGGACAUCAUAGUUGUGAUUAUGGAUUUGGCUCUUGGUGCGAAGAGAAGGGAUGUUAGAGAGAUUCUUGAAGGUGUUUCCUUGGCAAUAGCACUUUUCUUCCUCAUUGAUGUUCAUCUGAGAGUGUUUGUUGAAGGCUUCAAGAACUACUUCCAAUCCAAGCUGAAUAUAUUGGAUGCAUUCAUUGUGGUGGGCACUUUGUUAAUCAACAUGACAUACUCCUUCUCUGACCUUGCAGAAGCAGAGCAGAUACCAAGAAUGGUUACCAUCUUCCGAGUUCUGCGAAUUGUCAUUCUCAUAAGGAUAUUCCGCCUGGCUUCACAAAAGCAACAGCUUGAAGUGGUGACUAGGAGGAUGGUCUCAGAAAACAAAAGGCGUUACAUGAAAGAUGGCUUUGAUCUGGAUCUCACUUACAUUACUGAUCGUAUUAUUGCAAUGUCAUUUCCAUCUUCGGGGAGGCAGUCUUUCUAUAGGAACCCAAUAAAGGAAGUUGCAAGAUUUUUGGACACCAAACACAAAGACCACUAUAAAGUCUACAACCUCUGCAGUGAAAAAGGCUAUGACCCCAAGUACUUCCAUUACAGGGUGGAGAGGAUCUUUAUUGAUGACCACAAUGUCCCAGCACUAGAGGAGAUGCUGAAGUUCACUGCCAGUGUCCGUGAGUGGAUGAGUCACGAUGAAAAGAACAUCGUAGCCAUCCACUGCAAAGGAGGCAAAGGCAGGACUGGAACAAUGGUCUGUACCUGGCUCAUAGACAGUGACCAGUUUGAGAGUGCAAAGGAGAGUUUGGACUACUUUGGGGAAAGAAGAACUGACAGAAGUACAAGUACCAAAUUUCAAGGAGUUGAAACUCCUUCCCAGAGUAGGUAUGUUGGGUAUUAUGAGAUCCUGAAAAACAAGUAUAACUUGAAACUCCCACCAGAGAGACAACUCAAAAUAAAAAACAUCAAAAUCCACUCUAUACAUGGGGUUGGGAAAGGCAACGGAACUGAUAUGAAAGUGCAGAUAAUAGUGAGAAAGCAAGUUGUGCUGGAGUGUGUCUGUGCCACUCAGGCCAACUGCAAGCUCUUCUUUGAUUCCGAAGACAACUCUGUAGUCAUUGGUGUGGAAGACAGCCCUGUUAUAAGCAGUGAUGUGAAAGUCAGAUUUGAGUCACGAGCUCUCCCAAAAGGCUACGAUGACUGCCCAUUCUUUUUCUGGUUUAACACUUCCUUCAUUGAGAAUAACAGACUCUACCUUCCCAGAAAUGAGCUGGACAACCCUCACAAGUCUAAAACAUGGAAAGUCUACAGCGAGAAGUUUGCUGUGGAGGUGAAUUUCACUGAACCCUAAGGG